CCGUGCUGCCUAAGGAAGCAGAGAAGAAAAAGCGAAGAAAGAAGGACGAACAACACCUGCUUUGCUGACUCUUGGGAAGACUCGUGAGUUGCAUCAGUAGCUACUUCACACUCUCUCAAAAAAGCAAAAUUAUGCCUUCCGUCUCCGAAGGACAAAGCUAGAUACGAAGAGAUUGUCUCCUUAAACUCGCGCGACACUUUCGAUCGUGGUGUCAUCGUACAUUCCGAUCACACUAGCCUCCACACAUUCUCUGAGCGUGAGGUUUUUGUGCUCCAAACCCCCCGUAAUGCGGGACGUGGAAGCAUCUGACACAGUCGGUUCCUCGGACGUAGAGUCAUCUUCACUUCUUUCUGAUCAUUUGCGGUCUUUAAGUCUCAAUGGAGUGCAUAAUCAGACGGAGUCGGUUUCCGAUGACCCAAUUGUUAAAAAAGAUCCGCGGAAAAUCGCUAGGAAGUAUCAAUUGGAAUUAUGCAAGAAAGCUUUGGAGGAAAAUAUAAUUGUGUAUCUGGGGACAGGUUGUGGGAAGACUCACAUCGCUGUAUUGCUUAUGCAUGAGAUGGGGCACUUGAUACGGAAGCCUCAGAAGAACAUAUGUGUCUUUCUUGCCACUACAGUGGCAUUAGUUAGCCAGCAAGCAAAUGUUAUAAAAGAGUCUACGGAUUUUAAGGUUGGGGUUUACUGUGGGAGCUCAAAGCGCUUAAAAACUCAUAAUGAUUGGGCACAAGAGAUUGAGCAAUACGAGGUUCUUGUUAUGACCCCUCAGAUACUAUUCCGCUGCUUAUCUCACACUUUCAUUAAGAUGGAGAUGAUUUCUCUCUUAAUUUUUGAUGAAUGCCAUCAUGCCCAAGUCAAAAGCGACCAUCCUUAUGCAGAAAUCAUGAAAGUCUUUUAUGAACCGAAAUCUCCUAAGCUUCCCCGCAUAUUUGGCAUGACUGCUUCUCCAGUUGUAGGGAAAGGUGCUUCUAAUAAAGAAAAUCUAUCGAAAAGCAUCAAUAGUCUUGAACGUUUGCUUGACUCGAAGGUAUAUUCAGUUUCACAAAAAGAAGAAGUGGAAACUUUUGUGGCCUCCCCUGUUGUUACUAUAUAUGAUUAUGGUCCUGGUGCCAAUGGAACAACUAGUCCGUAUAUGAAUUACUGUACCAAACUAGGGGAUAUUAAAUGUGAGUGCAUAGAAAUCCUUAGAAGGAGUACAGAGGAUCACUUGAAACGGAGGGACAUGAAGAGACUUCUGAACCGCAUGCAUGAUAAUGUGCUUUUCUGUCUCGAGCAUCUUGGCAUUUGUGGGGCAUUGCAAGCUAGUCGUGGUCUUUUGAGUGUUGAUCACUCUGAAAGGCUUGAGUUAGUGGAGGAGGAAGGAAGUUCAAGUGAAUACUCUUUUUGUGACAAAUAUCUAGCACGGGUGUCUGAGUUCUUUAUCUCUGAAUGCAUUGAAGGUCAUCAAGUGUCUGAUCUCUGUUCUCUGGACAUUUUACAAGAGCCUUUUUUUUCAAGAAAGCUGUUAUGCCUCAUUGGGAUACUGUCCUCAUUUAGGUCACGACCAGAUAUGAAAUGUUUAGUUUUUGUAAAUAGAAUUGUUACUGCAAGAUCCCUGUCGUACAUACUACAACAGCUGAAAAUUUUAGCACGUUGGAAAAGUGAUUUUCUGGUAGGAGUUCAUGCUGGAAUAAAAAGUUCAUCACGAAAGGCCAUGAACAUCAUUCUUGACAAGUUCCGCUGUGGAGAGUUGAAUUUAUUGGUUGCGACUAAAGUGGGUGAAGAAGGACUUGAUAUUCAGACAUGUUGCCUUGUCAUACGAUUUGAUCUUCCAGAAACUGUUGCAAGCUUUAUACAAUCAAGAGGUCGUGCACGUAUGGAUCAGUCAGAAUAUGCCUUUUUGGUGGAUAGUGGCAAUAAGAAGGAUAUGGACUUGAUUGAAUGUUUUAAGAAAGAUGAAAAGCGGAUGAAGAGGGAAGUUGCUUUCCGCACAUCCAAUGACACACAUAUUAUCCCUGAGGAAAGAAUUUACAAAGUUGUAUCAUCUGGUGCUUCUGUCAGCGCUGGAUAUAGUGUCAUAGUGCUUCACAACUAUUGUUCGAAGCUUCCGCAUGAUGAGUAUUUUGACCCCAAGCCAAAAUUUUUUUACUUUGAUGAUUUAGGGGGGACUGUCUGUCAGAUAACAUUGCCUUCCAAUGCUCCCAUACGUCAAAUUGUUAGUACACCACAUGUUUCAAUGGAAGCUGCUAAGAAGAAUGCUUGUUUGAAAGCAGUUGAGGAACUGCAUAAAUUAGGUUCUUUGAGUGAUUGUCUGUUGGCAAAGCAAGAUGAUGCAGACCAAGAGGAGCCUUCAGAUUCUUCUGAUUCAGAUGAAAAUGAAGAUGACAACUUACGGGGAGACUUAUAUGAGAUGCUAGUUCCUUCAGCCUUUAGACAGGCCUGGACAAAUUCGGAUAAUAUUGUCCAUCUUAACUCUUACUUUUUUAAAUUUAGACCCUCUCCCGAGGAUCGGAUCUAUAAAGAGUUUGGUUUAUUUAUGAUGACACAUCUUCCUGCGGAGGCUGAGAAAAUGGAACUUGAUCUUCACCUUGCUCGUGGUAGAACAGUGAUGACACAAUUUGUUCCAUUUGGCAUUAUCGAAUUUGACAAAGCUGAGAUUCAGAUGGCACAGCAGUUUCAAGAGAUGUCCCUAAAAAUUAUUCUAGAUCGAUCAGAAUUUGUUAAUGAAUACGUACCCUUGGGUGGGGCUGAUGUCUUGCAAACAAGCACUUCAACCUUCUAUCUUUUGCUUCCAGUCAUAAUGCAAGGCUGUGAAAAGACUAUAACAGUAGAUUGGAAGACCGUGAAAAGAUGCCUUUCUUCACCAAUUUUUAGGCUCCGAGAACAUGCUGUAACUCCGAAAUUGUUCCCUUGGGAUAUGAACUUGCAACUUGCCAAUGGUUGUAGAAGUGUAAAAGAUCUUGAGAAUAGUUUAGUGUAUGCGCCACAUAAGAAGCAGUUUUAUUUUAUUGCUAAUAUUGCUUAUGAAAAGGAUGGACUAAGUCGUUAUAAAGAUGUGGGCAGUUCAAGCUAUGUGGAUCACUAUAUUCAAAGGUUCUCCAUUCAUCUUCAAUACCCUAAGCAACCGCUUCUCUGUGCUAAGCCACUAUUUAAUCUGCGCAACUUGCUUCACAACCGAAAGCAAGAGGGUACAGAAGCUCAUGAACUGGAGGAGUAUUUCAUCCUUUUGCCACCUGAGCUUUGCCAGCUAAAAAUUAUAGGCUUCUCAAAAGAUAUAGGUAGUUCCCUAUCUUUGUUACCGUCAAUCAUGCAUCGUCUUGGAAACUUGCUGGUUGCAAUUGAACUCAAGCAUCGGCUUUGUUCUUCCUUCCCUGAGGCGGAUGAAGUUAGUGCAGAAAGAGUUCUUGAGGCACUCACCACUGAGCAAUGUCAGGAGCGCCUUUCUCUUGAAAGACUUGAAGUUCUUGGUGAUGCUUUCCUUAAAUUUGCAGUUGCGCGCCAUUUUUUUCUUAUGAAUGAUAGCCUUGAUGAAGGAGACCUUACAAGGAGGCGAUCAAGUGUUGUGAAUAACUCCAAUUUGUUCAAGUUAGCUACCAAACAUAAUCUGCAGGUGUACAUUCGUGAUCAGGCAUUUGAUCCCUCUCAGUUCUUUGCAUUAGGCCGUCCUUGCCUAAGAGUCUGUGCCAAGGAAACCGUUCAGUCUUGUUUAAAUUCUCCAGAGGAGCUGGGCCAGGGAAGAUCAACUGAAGUUUAUUGCAAUAAAAAUCACCACUGGCUUCAUCGAAAAACAGUUGCUGAUGUCAUUGAAGCUCUUAUUGGAGCAUUUAUUGUUGACAGUGGCUUUAAAGCAGCCACUGCAUUUCUCACAUAUCUUGGCAUACAAGUUAAGUUUGAAUCCUCACAGGUGGUCAAUGCUUGCAGAGCAAGUAUGAGUUACAUCCCUCUUUCCAUGCAUAUAGACAUUCCUUCCCUUGAAGAUGAGUUAAAACAUCACUUUGUCCACAAGGGUCUGCUUCUCCAAGCAUUUGUACAUCCCUCUUAUAAUAAGCAUGGAGGUGGCUGCUAUCAGCGAUUGGAGUUUCUUGGAGAUGCUGUAUUGGAUUACAUGAUUACUUCAUACCUUUACUCAGCUUAUCCACAGCUAAAGCCUGGUCAAUUAACAGACCUGAGAUCAGUGUCAGUUAACAAUAAGGCUUUUGCCUAUGUUGCAGUGAAUAAAGGAUUUCAUAAUUUCCUUUUAUGUGAUUCUAGUGGUCUCUCUGAUGCUAUAGAAGAGUAUGUGGACUACAUUAAAGAAUCUCAAGUGCAUGUUGGCGUUCAUGGAGGGCCUAAAUGUCCCAAGGCCCUAGGUGACUUGAUAGAGUCUUCUGUUGGUGCCAUUCUGCUUGAUUCUGGUCUCAAUCUGAACAUUGUGUGGAAGAUUAUGACUUCAUUCUUGGAGCCUAUAAUGAAAUUUUCGUCAGGCUUGCAGCUUAGUCCUAUUAGGGACUUGCAAGAACUUUGCCAAUCACGUAGUUUGCGGUUGAAGUUUGUGAAAUCCAAAACAAGUAGAAUGUUUUCCGUCAAAGCCGAAGUGACUGGGGAAGAUGUAUCUGAAACUGCUUCAGCAACCAGCAUGAGUAAAAAAGAAGCUACUAGAAUUGCUUCACAACGAGUAUUUUCUAAACUAAAGUCCAAGGGCUGGAAACCGAAGUCAAAACCUUUGGAGGAAGUUCUUAGAUCAACCUUUAAGGCAGAAGGCAAACUUCUUGGCUAUGAUGAAACACUCAUUGAUAUAACUGAAGCUGGCAUCAUUGAGCCUAUAAUGGUUAAGGGAGAACAAUGCAGCAGUUUUGAUCCAGAAAUUUUUCCCAUUGGUGGUAAUGAGGUAGUUGACAAAUAUCAUUCACGUUCAACUUGUAGCCAACAGCUUCCAUCUGCUUCCAUCAUGGAGAAACUUGGGGAGACAACUGAAGAUCAUGAUUGGGACUGUGACUCACAGCGGGCAGAUGCUGUUUCAGGUUGUUUGGUCAAAAGAACAUCAAGAUCACGGUUGUAUGAAUUUUGUGCUGCCAAUUGCUGGAAGCCUCCUUCAUUUGAAUGCUGCAAAGAGGAGGGACCAGACCAUCUGAAGUUAUUUACUUGCAAGGUGACCUUGGAGAUAGAAGAGCCUUCAAAUAUGAUUUUGGAGUGUGUUGGAGCUCCUCAAUCUAAGAAGAAAGAUGCAGCAGAGGCCGCAUCUGAGGGUGCAAUUUGGUACCUGGAAAAGGAAGGUUACUUAUUUGAUUGUAACUGAAAAACAGCACGACAAAGCUUGAAACAGCCUUUUUCACUUGAAGCUAACUGUCAUCGGGAGUUUCUAAAAUGACCUUAGUGUUAAAGAUAUGUUCUAACAGCAACAGAUAGUGAUACCGGUUUAGCAUACCCCUAUUUCCUGGCAUUUGGAAUGUGUGUAUUAUGAUUCUCUAAAUAUAGGUUGUAUAAUUUCCUUGAAUACUUGAAAAAUGAUCAUAUGCACACUUCAUUUCCCUUGAGCGUGUGCGUGUAUAUAUAUAAAAUAUAUGUUGAGAUAUAAAAUGUUUUGUUAUCAAUAUUAUGUGGACAACAUGAUUAUUAAAAUUAAUUUUUUA